GUACUUACGUUUAUUUUUUUCUACAGCAAACAUGAAACUGGUACUGUUCGCUUCCCUGAUCGCCGUGGCCGUCGCCGCGCCUCGCGCUCCCCUGUUUGAUGUACCCAUCAAACCCGUCCCCAUGCCCGCUUUUGACCCAAUACUCUGUGGACCGGCCGGUUUGCUCCGCAAGGUUGACGUCAGCUCUGCCUGCGCUGGUGCUAUUGCUCCCCAACCCGUCAUUGCCGCCCCUGCUGCCCCCUCCCCCAGCAACCCAUCUCCUCUGGUCCAGAUCGUUCUGAACAUCAACCAGGAAGCUUCUGCUGCUCCCGUUGUCGCACCUGAGCCCGUCGUCGCCCCCGAGCCCGUGCAGGUCGUCGAGACUGCUCCCAUCCCCGUGGAGCCUGUCCAGGUUGUGGAGGUCGCCCCUGAACCCGUCCAGGUUGUGGAGGUCGCCCCCGCACCAGCUGAGCCCGUCAUCAUCGGAGUGCCCGUCAUCCCCUCCCCCGCCAUCACCCUCCCCGAGGAACUCAACUAAGCGAUAGACAAAACCUCGAUUCUUCAUCAAUAAUUAAAAACUCCAAAAUACUCUGUCUACAACUCCUGUCUAUUUAAGCAUGAAAAAGAGUGCCUGUACUGCCCUCUCCCGCCACCACCCUCCCUGAGGAACUCAACUAAAGACAAUCGAAUCAAUGAGACCCAAUAAAUAAAUGUUACAUAAUUAUUAA